CUCCAACAAAUCAGCCGCAAACACUCAGCGCAUCGAUCUUGAUGCAAAACGAAGACAACGAUCGUCAAGUCAGUGCUGUUUGGUCAUCUGUUGGCCUCCACCCAUCAACCGUCAGACUCGACUCGGAGCAUCCCAACCAUUGCUGCACACUAAGAGAUGGGUUGAGACGUUGACAACUGAGCAACCAAACUAGCUAGAUUCGAUUUUCGAGACGGACGAUACAGAUACUGAGAUUCCCUACGGUAGCAUCGACUGUAGUGUACCACCAACAAUUUGGCUCUAAAGCACAGACACCGUACCUUGAUAAAUCCACAACAACCAAAGAGCUGCUGAUCUUCAGACAGCUAUAACCCCAGUAUGCGAAGAUCGACAAGCCAAUAUCCAGGAAGUCGACCAUGUGAUUCCUUUUGGUCCAUUGGAUUGCUGCUCUUCAACUUAUCCGUAGUGUGCACUGGUUUCCUGGUCAACUCGCCACUAUCACAUCCAUGCUUGAAUGCCUUUCCAAGCCAAGGACAGACAAGAGCUGCCUCGGAUAGACGCUGCAAUCUGCCUCCGCUAAACUCAAAGGGUUUGAGGAAAUGGAACUUACUGCCUGGCAGGAUCUUUCGAAAGAGACCCAAGCGGACCUCGUCGUACCUGAUUUCCCUCGACAAACAACGAGGAUACCACAGGAAGCCUUUGGGUCCUCUUGCCCAAAUUGUCAACAACACAGACGUGAACUUGAGUCCUGAUAAAGUGGCUGGGGCACUUGUUGGGAAGCUUUCCUCAGAAGCCUUCAAAGAGGACUGUCGGCGAAGAAGCAAAGUCUAUGCUUCAGAUUGGACGGAUGCAUUCAAAGAUAUGAAGAAAGUUAUCCCAGCUGUUCUUUUUCUCUAUUUUGCAUGUUUGUCUCCUGCUGUUAGCUUUGGGACUAUUGCGUCACAAAUCACCGAUGGGUCCAUAGGCAUUGUUGAGUUUCUGAUUAGCUGUGGAGGAAGUGGAAUGCUGUAUGCCGUGCUUUGUGGUCAACCAAUGUCCUUCAUAGCACCAACAGGCCUGACACUCGCCUUCAUUUCAGGGUUGUUCCGGUUCUGUUCUUUAAACAACUUACCUUUCUUCCCGGUAUACGCUUGGGUUGGUUUGUGGACAGCCUUCUUCUUUGUAUCGAUGGGACUUGCAGGGUCCAGUCAGCUGAUUCGUUAUUGCACGAGAUUUACCGACGAGGUUUUCAAUGCACUCCUCAGCAUCAACUUUAUCUACGAGGCAGUCAAAUCUUUGAAACGAAACUUUCAGCUGGCUGAUCCAAUGAAUCUGACAAUGCCAUUUGUAUCCCUGAUGACAGCUAUGACAACCUUCUGGGCGACAAUGUCAGUCACAGCCUUUCAGAGUAGCAAAUACCUCACUCAAAAGGUUCGGACAAUUGUCAAAGACUUCGGACCUGUGACAGUCUUCGUUGCCAUGUCUCUGCUCAAUCAACAUCCUUGGAUGCGAAAGUUUCAUGUACCGACUUUGAGCGUUCCAAAUACCAUUGAGUUGGCAAAAGGAAGACAACUUUUCAUCCCUCUCAAUGCUCUUCCUUUCAAUGUCAAAAUGUUGUGCAGUCUCCCAGCUAUCCUGCUAACGGCUCUUUUCUUCAUGGACCAGAACAUCAGCGUUCGAGUGGUCAACAAUCCCGACAAUAAACUCAAGAAAGGGUCGGCUUACAACCUUGAUAUGGUCGCCUUGGGAUUGAUUACCGGAUUGCUGUCGUUGGUCGGGCUACCAUGGAUGUGUGGUGCCACAGUGCAGUCGCUCAAUCAUGUGCGGGCAAUGACAGAGACACAAUACAACAAAGAAACGGAAGAAGUGGAGAUAGUGGGUGUAACCGAAACAAGAUUCACUGGAUUUGUGGUCCACGCAUUGAUUGCUUCGACGGUGGGAUUGUUGCCCCUUCUCAAAUUCGUUCCGAUCCCUGUUGUGGCGGGUGUCUUCUUGUUCCUUGGUAGGAAAUUGAUGUCAGGCAACUCCUUCCUGCAGCGUAUACGCGACGGCUUUACAGAAACAGACCGGCUGGAACCUGACCAUCCAAUCAAGAUGAUUGGGAGGACAAGGACAAACAUUUUCACCACGAUUCAAGUCCUGUGCUUGGCCGGACUUUGGGCAUUCAAGGAAUGCAACGCUACAGCAAUAUUCUUUCCCAGUGUUAUAGGGAUGCUGAUGGUCAUACGAUCAGUAAUAAUGCCAAAAUUUUUCACCACCAGAGAACUUGCUGCUCUGGGUGAAAUGGGGGACGGUGAGCUCCAUGGCGAGGAUGAGGAGCUGCUGCUCCAACUGUAAACUAGCCUACUUGUAAGUAAUUUGACCUUUGUCAAUGGGUUUCUACCAAGAGUUUGACUACCAUAUGUCUCAACACUUGCUAUCGAAGCCUCGAGAAACCAAAGGCUUUCUCCAUGUCAUCAUUUGAUAGCUGCAUCGUUUCAGUGCCUUCCAAGCGCAGCAGUGUCAACAACACUUCUCUACCGUCAUCAUCCCCACUGGCCCUGUUGGUUGCAACCGAAUCAAUUUCGCCAAAGAACUGUUGGAGCCACAACGAAGCAAGCAUGAGGAUAGAACUGUUGUGCUGGGAAGAGGCCGUCUCUUCAUGUACUUACCAGUAUGCAAGGUGCGGCCGAUCUCUGUCGAGCAAACAAUGACCUCAAGAUCGCGUCAGAUCCUCCUAGCCACUUGUCUAAUACAUCUGCCACUCUGAUCUUG